UCUUAGCUAUGAUCAUCUUUAUCUUCAUCUUCUUAUUUACCUCCUUCUCAUCAACUCUAGUGUUUUCAUCACUUAAUAAUGUCCCCAUAGCCAGGCCUAAUCCCGACUGCAAGCGUACUUGCGGCGACGUACAAAUCCCCUUUCCUUUCGGCACCACAGCCGAAUGCUACCUCGAUAAAGCAUUCGAGGUCACUUGCAACCACACAUCUUUCGUUCCUCCCAAGCUAUUCUUGGGGGAAGGCGGCAUCGAAAUCACAGAUAUAUCCCUCGACGGCCAGAUGAGAGUGAUGCAGUACAUAGCCAAUGAUUGUUACUACAGCAACGGAUCGAGUUCUUACAAAAACUCCCCGUGGAUACGCCUCUCUUCAUUCACGGUGAAUAAUACUGCAAAUAAGUUCACAAUUGUGGGGUGCGAUGCCUACGCCUUUGUCUCGGGGAACAGGCUCGACCGUGACUUCACGACGGGCUGCAUCGCCAUGUGCAGUUCCGAGGAUGAUCUGACGGAGGGGGAGUGCGCGGGCGUGGGGUGCUGCCAGACUCCAAUCCCCAAAGAUGUGUGGAAGAUCCAGGUCGAGGUCAACAGCUAUUCCAAUUAUACCGAUGUUUUAGACGUCAAGAGAUGUGGUUAUGCUUUUGUUGUUGAGGACUCUGCCUUCAAGUUUUCAAAGGAUAGUCUCACUAACUUGGCAGAUGUUACAAGCCUUCCUAUGGUGGUUGAUUGGGCCAUCGGGAAUGGCACGUGCGAGGAGGCAGAGAGUGACGCCAGCAGCUAUGCUUGCAAGAGUGCAAACUCUGAAUGCUACAAACCCACAAACGGCUAUGGAUAUCGUUGUCGUUGCGAGCAUGGGUUUGAAGGAAAUCCUUAUCUAACUCAUGGAUGUAAAGAUAUUGAUGAAUGCAAAAAUAAGACUCUAAACGAUUGCACCAAGAAUGAGUACUGCAAUAAUACACAAGGGACUUACACAUGUUCUUGUCCCAAACAUUACAUUGGCAAUGGACAAGGUGUUGAUGGCUGCAAGCUUUCCCCAAAGAAGCAGAAUAUGAUGAUUGCCUUUAUCUUCAUUGGAGUUGCCUCCGGGAUUAUUGUUCUGCUACUGGCUGUUAACAUACUCUUCAUGGAACUCAAGAGAAGAUCGCAGAAAAAGAAGAAGCAGCGCUUCUUUCUCCAAAACGGCGGACAUAUGUUGCAGGAGAAACUGGCAAGGAGAGAAGCCUCACCCGAGAUGGUGAAGAUUUUCAGCUCAUCCGAGCUAGAAAAGGCCACGAGCAACUUCAGUAACAGUAUGAUCAUUGGUCGAGGUGGCUUUGGCACCGUGUACAAAGGCGUGCUAGCAGACAGAAGAACAGUUGCGAUCAAGAGGUCCAUAAGAGUUGAUCCCGCACAAAUCGAGCAGUUCAUCAACGAAGUAGUUGUUCUGUCUCGAAUCAGCCAUAGGAAUGUCGUUAUACUUCUUGGAUGUUGCCUAGAAACAGAUGUUCCGCUUUUAGUCUACGAGUUCAUUAGCAACGGCACCCUUUCUUCACACUUGCACGAUGAGGCUAAGGCGUGUGUUCUUGAUUGGAACAAGCGUCUAAAGAUCGCUACCGAAACUGCUGAGGUCCUCUCGUAUCUUCACUCUUCAGCUUCUACUACCAUCAUUCAUAGGGAUGUCAAGUCGGACAAUAUCCUCUUGGACCAUAAUUUGACUGUGAAGGUGUCGGAUUUUGGGGCUUCAAAGCUAGUUCCAGUUGAUCUCGCGCAGCUAUCUACAAUGGUGCAAGGGACUUUCGGAUACCUUGAUCCUGAGUACAUGCAGACAAACCAGUUGACAGAGAAGAGCGAUGUUUACAGCUUUGGAGUUGUUCUGCUGGAGCUAGUCACGGGGCGUAAAGCAUUGAGUUUGGAUAGGCCGACAGAGGAGAAGAGUUUAUCCAACUAUUUCCUUUAUGUACUCAAGCAAGGUUUGUUGGUAAAAAUAAUUGAUGAAAAAAUUGUGGAUUUGGGAAAUAUGGAGCAAAUAUAUGCAGUUUGUAAGCUAGCGAAAGAGUGCUUGAACGUGAAGGGAGAAGAUAGGCCGAAUAUGAAGGAGGUAGCAAUGGAGCUACAAGGGCUUAUACUCGGUGGAAAGCACCCAUGGGAACGAAAUAAAGCGGACAGUACAGAGGAGACGGAGCAUUUGCUACCAAAUGAUCAUGAUGGAAUGGGAGGCGAGAGCUCAAUUGUGGGAUUUGAUAGCAUCAGCAGGGAUCAUGUUGGUUUGCCAAUCAAUGGAGGAAGAUGAUAUUUUACUUUGAGAAUUUAUGUGCAAUUUAGUAUUGUGUCACACAUUGUGUUUUGUAUCAAAUGUCUGUUUUUAUUAUACAUUUGUUGAAAUAUUUGUAGUGUUUUUAUUGUAAUACGUGGAAAUAUUUAUAUUGAAUCUUCGAAGGUGUUUGCAAAA